UGUCAAAAUGCUGCCACAAAUUUGACGAGAGUGCAACGCGAUGGAGCUGCCAAUUGGGAAACUAUUCGAUGAACUCAGGCAGUUGAAGUUGCAAAUAUUGCUCCUGCAAUUCAUGUUGCUCGUUACGCCGGCAAUGUUGCAGCAGCAACAUCUGUUCUACCAUCCAAGGCAAUUGUACUACGAUUCACCGCGUCUUCGCAGAUUUGAGUAUGCAGGAGCCACGCCCUUUGUGGGUGCUUACAAUCCGGUUCCACCGCCUUCCGCUCACUACCAACAACAGACGCCCCACUUCCAGCUGAUCAACUAUCGGCCCAGUUAUCAGCCCUUGCCUUUGGAUUACCAACAACAACAGUUGCCAGCUCCUGCUCCACCACUACCACCUCUUUAUCCGCAACAGAGUGUCCAGUAUCAGCAUAGGACCAUUGCUCCACAUGCCGAGUUGGCCAAAUAUCGUUAUGAAGGGAAUUAUCUGCCGGUGCAACGGGUUUCCCCCCAGCAAACUCAACGUCGUGCGGAGGAGCAACAGCAAUUGCAGCAGCAGCACUUGCAACAACAGCAGCAACACUUGCAGCAGCACUCUCAGCAGCUUUACAAUGUGCCGCCAGCUCUCUUUACUAGCGAUGUGUUGCAUGUGAUUCCACCUCGGAUUGCCAGAUUGCAGGAGCAACAGCAGCAGCCUUCUCAGAACGUUCAAGCUGAACGGCCCAGAAGGAGUCCUAAGGAGCUGGACACGGAUGUCGCUGAAACCAGAAGACAAACUGAUCGGAGUGUCAAGGAAACUAAAUACUUUCAUGAUAUUUUCAUGCGCUUCGAUGGCCCCAAUUCGCGGAGUCACGGUCACGUCCUGAAGCACCCGAAGGCUCAGGAAAAGCGAUUCGAGACCCAAAGUGGCACGAACCGCUACAAGGGCGAGGUGAUUUGGACUGAUCGUCAAGGAGGCCACGGCGAACAUCGUUGGGACAUGGCCCAGGGAAAACUCUAAGAGGAGACCUUAAUUUGCAUACUCCUUCCCCUCCCCCUCUCCCUCUCUCUCUGUACAUAACCAUUUUUGGAAAUACGCAUAAAUCGUGACUUUUCAUAAUUUUGGCGUAUUAUUUAUUUAAGGGCAAUGAUUUGGCGUGAAAUUGG